AUGGAGAUGCAGCGUGUCGUUUUUGUGCUUGCUCUGGUUGCUUUACUAGCAUCAGCAGCUUGUGCACGUAUGGUGCCUGAUGAUCAACCCACUACUAGCUCUAAGGAGAAAACGGCCGUUCUGGAUGCUACAGCACCGAUGGCAGCUGCCCCGACUGGCGUUAGAGACAAGAAGUGCAUAGGUGCGGUUGGUGGAUUUUCCGGAAUGGGGGGCGUAGCUGGCGUCGGCGGUGUGAUGCCCCUUCUUGGUGGUGGGAUAGGAGGUGCGAUUGGCAAAUUUGGCGGAAUAGGUGGAGUUGGUGGUAUCGGACCUAUCGGUGGAGUAGGUGGGGUUGGCGGUCUCGGCGGAGCAGGAGGAGUUGGCGGUCUUGGUGGAGCUGGUGGGGGAGUUGGUGGUCUAGGCGGUCUUGGGGGUGCUGCUGGUGGAGGAGCCGGAGGAAUUGGGGGAAUUGGUGGCAUUCACCCAUGA